AUGUACUUUUUCAUCCUCGCCACUAUGCUUUUCGCUAGCACUACUCUCGUCACAGCAUCCACAAACAACACUGUCAUAAAAUACGCUGCCUCGACGGCAACAUCUGCGACUACCCUCAUCACCCUGGUUUCCUCUGCUUCACCAUCAAGCACGACUGCUGCGGAUCCAAGUGACACACCUGCUGGUAUUUACGUCUGCUCAGACAUCCACUGGGGUGGUAUUUGCGAGCACAAAUUCACUCCCCUCGGCAGCUCCGACUCCGACUGCACCGUCCUCACCGGUCGGGACUCUUCUAUUGGACCCGAUAAAGGUUUUUUCUGCGAGUUCUACACGUAUGGUCUUCCCUCUCUUCUUCUCCCAUCUCUCUCUACGCUUCACCCCUCGUGGUACUGA